CAGUCCCGCCCAGUGUCGGGGCGGUGCCCGCGGGGCCGAUGGCGGCCGGCAGGGCUGUGCGCGCGGGGCGUUGCGGCCGCGCGGUGGUGGCUUAGCGAGUGCCCGGCGGGGCGGGGUGCUGCUCGGCGGGCAUGGCCCGCGCCCUGCUGCUGCUGCUGCCGCUGCUGAUGGCGGGUGCCUGGGUAGGCCCGCGGCCGCCGGCGGCCUGGAGCCAGGAGGCGCCGCAGACCCCGGACUGGAGGAUGACGCUGAAAACCAUCCGGAACGGCGUGCACAAGAUCGACGUGUACCUCAACGCGGCGCUCGACCUCCUGGGCGGCGAGGACGGCCUCUGCCAGUACAAAUGCAGCGACGGAUCAAAGCCCUUUCCUCGCUAUGGAUAUAAGCCUUCGCCGCCAAGUGGUUGUGGAUCACCUCUAUUUGGAGUUCAUUUUGACAUUGGUAUCCCUUUGAUGACAAAGUGCUGCAAUCACCACGAUAGAUGUUAUGAUACUUGUGGCAAUAAAAAAAAUGACUGUGAUGAGCAAUUUCAGUCCUGCCUCUCCAAAAUUUGCAGAGAUGUGCAGAAAACACUUGGUAUAUCAGAGAAUGUACAGGCUUGUGAAUCAAUCGUUCAGCUGUUGUUUGAUGCAGUUAUACACUUAGGAUGUAAGCCAUACCUUGACAGCCAGAGAGCUUCAUGUAUGUGUCGCUAUGAGGAUAAGACAGAUCUCUGAAAGGUGUGAAUGUCCAGCAGUUAGGAAUGAAGUAAAACAACUGGAAUGAAACAAAUGUUUUACACUUCUCAGGCCUGACACAAAUGCUCUUUUUAAAAAAAAAGAGACUAUCACGGAGUCAUCCAUAAAAGAGAAGGACCAAUUCAUGAAGAGUAGGUGCACGAAGACCAGCUUCAGCCCCAUCAGAUCUCGAUGAAGAGGUAGGCUGACUUAUCAAAGACAGAGUCAACAGCCGUAUGGAAGUCGCCACUGUAUUCCAGGUCUACUCGAAGCUCAGCUCUUCGGGGCAGCUCUCCUCAUUGCCGACCAACAGCCAGAUGAGUCUGAUGGCUUUGAAGAUGGGCAGGAUAUUGCCCAGAUAGAUGUCCCUGAAGCUGAGCUCCUCCAGCACCUUCCCUGUCAACUUGGUCUGGAGCAGCUUCUCAAACUCUGCCUUAAUCUUAUUCAUCGACCAGUUUCUGACUGGGGCCAUGCCCCUGAGCUUCCUGAAGAGGAAGAUGGCAUUGAGGAGGUGGCACAUCUCAUUGCUGGAGGUGGGAUCUGGAGAGGGGUCUCUGGCUGCUGUGGUAGCAUAGUGCUGGGCUCCAGGCCUGUGGUGAGAGCUGAGGCAGCCAGCACUGAUGCCGGCACUGGCUCUGGGGCUGCCUAGCUGCCUGGUGUAUGUGAGGCCAUCUUCAGCUCUGGCCAUUCUGGGAGGCUCCAGCAAAGAAGCAGGUAGCCAGCACCAAGACAGGAUGUCAUACACCAGCAGCGUCAUUGCCUCAAGUGCACCAAGCCCCACAGUUGAGAGGUGUCUCUGCUUGAGGGGAGAUCUUGUCCCUGCAGCCCAGUGCCACACAGGAGAGCUUGAAAAGCUGUUUAUGCUGCUCACCAGUUAUGGGGUAAGAUGAAUGACUCAUAGUCAUGCUUUGUUUUUAGGCGCGUGCUCAGUUGGCACUCAGCUGUUGAACCAGGUGCCUUCUAUCCAUUCUUUCAGCCUCCCAGUUUGAGACAGAUUUGUGGUCGUUAAGCUGUGUUAAAGUGUUACCAGUACUGUCCUUCAUUGUCUUUCUGUGCAAGGCCUUAUGUACAAGGCCAGGCUGAAGGAGGAAGUUGAGAGAAAGAAAGAAGGGGUGGGGGGAGCACACCAUCAUAUGAGUGCUGUCCCUGCAGUGGCGGGAGGGGGUCUGGAGGUGUUCAGGAAAUGUGCAGAUGCAGCACUUAGGGACAUGGUUUAGUGGGCAAGGUGGUGGUGGGUUGAUGGUUGGACUAGAUGAUCUUGGAUGCCUUUUCCAACCUUAAUGACUUAUAUUGAACACUGACAUGAAUGUAUUGGUUUGAAAGUCACUACACUAUUCUUCCUCGCGUUUAGAAAAUAGAAAAAAAAGUGUUAAGUCUUCCUUAUCUUUACACUACAAAUUGGAAACUGAACUUAGACUCUUUUAGUGUAUGUACAUUUAGGGUAUGGUACUGUAAAACACAAAUGCUAUUUUCAAUUAUAAAAAAAAAAGGAAACUGCAUGGGGG